CCCUCUUUUCCAGCGUCCCUGGCGCCGGCGGCCGGCGGCCGUGCCGCUUCAGUGGCGGAGCGGGGGGCUCCGAGCACAGUGCCAGCGCCGAAGCAGGAGGCUUCCGAAGAAGGGGGGUGCCGCGGGGAGAGCGGUCCGGGGCCGGCCCGGGGGCCUGCCCGGGCGCCGCGGCUUCCGGACGGUCGUGGGGACGAGGAGGCCGGAGGCUCCCCCGGGCCACCAGCCGUCUCCGAGAAACCCGGAGGGGGGGCCGGCCGGGACGGCAGCGGGGUCGCCGCCCCCGACGCAGGCUCCGCGGCGGGGGGGAGAGGCCCCCGGAAAGGGCGGCCUUACCAGUGCGGCGCGUGCGACCGCAGCUUCCAGUGCCACUCGGACGCGGCGAAGCACCGGAGCAUUCACUCCGGGGCGAAGCCGUUCGCCUGCAGCGACUGCGGGAAGGCCUUCAUCCACAGCUCGCACGUGGUCCGCCACCAGCGCACGCACCACGGCGAGCGGCCCUACGUGUGCGAGGAGUGCGGCCGCGCCUUCGGCCAGAGCUUCAACCUGGUGCGCCACCGGCGCACGCACACGGGGGAGAAGCCGUUCGGCUGCGCCGAGUGCGGCAAGGCCUUCGGCCAGAGGUCGGACGCCGCCAAGCACCGGAGGACGCACACGGGCGAGCGGCCGUACGCCUGCGGCGAGUGCGGGAAGGCCUUCGGCCACAGCUCCAACGUGGCCCGCCACCGGCGCACGCACCGCGGGGACAGCCCCUACGUGUGCAGGGAGUGCGGCCAGGCCUUCGGCCAGAGCUCCAACCUGCUGCAGCACCGGCGCGUGCACACGGGCGAGAGGCCCUUCCGCUGCCCCGAGUGCGGCCGCGCCUUCAGCCGCAGCUCCUUCCUCAGCGAGCACCGGCGCAUCCACACCGGCGAGAAGCCGUACGCCUGCGGCGAGUGCGGCCGCGCCUUCAGGGCCCUGUCCGGCUUCUUCCGGCACCGGCGGGUGCACAGCGGCGAGAAGCCCUUCCGCUGCGGCGAGUGCGGCCGCGCCUUCCGCCUGAGCUCGCACCUGAUCCAGCACCGGCGCGUGCACGGCGCCGAGUGAGCCCCGCCCCGCCGCGGCCCGGGGAGGGGGGAGGGGGGAGGGCGCCGCGCCGGGAGACCGCGGGCCAGGGGAGGCGGGGGCGGCCUCCGGGCUUUCCGUGCCGGGCCCGCGGCCACCCUGGCCCGCGUUCGGGAGAGGAAGGGAGCCUUAGGGGAGGCUGGUCUUCCCGGAGGGGACGCAGGCCUCCCCGAAGACGGGGCUCGGAUGGGGACGGGGCGGGGGGGUCCACCGGAACUAAUCCCGCGUCCGCACGCCUCUUGCGGAGGUGUGAUUCGCGUAUGGUGAAACGCACGGAUCUCGCGUGCGGGUUUUCAGAGACUGGACAAACCAUCUGAUCUGACCUUUAGAACCAUCAUUCCGUCCAGAUCCUAGACUAUUUCCGUCGCCCCCUUCAGGCGUACCCCCCCUCGGCGUCGGAGGCGAGCAGCGACCUCGUUUCUGUCACUAUAGUUCUGCUUGGUCUAGAACUUGAUGUAAAUAGGAUGAUUUAAUAUCUACUUUUCUGUCUUCCUUCUUUCCCUCUACUCCAGGUUUUUGAGAUCCGUCUGUCAGUGUUUUGGUUUGUUUUUGUUCUUGUUUAGUUCUUUUAAAAGGCAGGAGUCACUGUCGACUUUGUAUCAAAGCUGUGUUUAUGUCUGUGUGUCUCCACCCAAGUACAGCCCUUGGUACAGCACAUGCCAGAGCAGAAUAGACUCCGCGGAAGAGGGAAACGUGUAGGGGAGUGUGUGAAAGAUGGCACACGGAGGAGAGCGCGGGCUGGCGGGAGGCGGCCAGAACACAAGUCUGCUUUCGGCGAGCGCAGCUUGGAGAGCUCUCUCUGCUCAGCCUCGGAAACAGCGCAAGAAAAGGGAGUUUAAGAUACCGGUACUUGCAACAAAUGUUUCCCCAGCACACACCUGUCCGGGCUUUGUGCCACUGUGCUGGGAGAGACAGAUUCGUGUGACAUCUGCACGCGGGGACUUCGCAGGUUAGAGAGGUUACAGACCAGGGUAACAAGCCAUGCGGUGCCCAACAAAAAGUCCAGGAACAGAAGUUCCUCCAGGGGACGAAGCACAGGACAGAGGUGCACACCCAUGACAGGACAAGGUGAAGACGCCAGGAAGGGCUCCCAGGAGAGGUGACGCCUGAGCUGGUUCUUCAGGAGUUUUAAUCAACAAAUGGGCUAAAUGUGUUCAAAGCAGGUCAGGGUGCACUAGGGGGUGUGAAGGGGUAUGAGAAAUGUGCUCACCCACAGGACCUCGCAAUCUGCGGUCAGAAAAGGCAGGAAGGAAAAUUUAAGUGAAUUCACUGCUCUUGACUUAACCUUUCGUAUCACACUGUGACAGCGUCGUGGAUAUAUGUGUCACCUGCCAGGUAAGAAUGGUGAGAUGUCUUUGUUGCAUGUCCUAGAACUCUGCCGUAAUGAAUUGAGUGAGGUCCUGUUGUUGAGAGUUUAUCGUGGAAGAUAAAUCUGAGCAGUCACCUGGCCAUGAGUCCUGGGGCCCAGCUUCAUGAUCCAAAUCUAUGCUGGUCAGGCUGUGGUUUGGUGCCCCCUCAUGGUAAUUGUCUGCUCUACUUUGACUACUGAUGGUGAAUCAUUUGGGGUCCUGUUACUGGCUGGGACCUCAAAAAUCGCACAAGUCUAGGGCUCUUGAGGGCACCUAUUGAAUUCUUUUACUUUGAGAGAGAGGGGGGAAAGAGAGAGAGAAUCCCAAGCAUGCUCUGUGCUGUCAGCUCAGAGCCCGAUAGGGGGCUCAAUCUCAUGAACUGUGGGAUCGUGACCUGAGCUGAAAUUGAGUUGGUCGCUUAGCCAACUGAGCCACCCAGGCGCCCCUCCACCUAUUUCUUUUAAGAUGUGAGUUUUAGGGGCGCCUGGGUGGCUCAGUCGGUUGAGCGUCUGACUUUGGCUCCGGUCAUGAUCUCCUGGUUUGUGAGUUUGAGCCCCGUGUUGGGCUCUGUGCUGACAGCUCAGAGCCUCGGGCCUGCUUCGGAUUCUGUGUCUCCCUCUUUCUCUGCCCCUCCCGCACUCAUGCUCUGUCUGUCUCUGUCUCUCUCUCUCUCUCUCUCUCUCAGUAAUAUAAUAAAUAAAUGUUAAAAAAUUAAAAAAAAAAAAAAAAGAUUUGAGCUUUGGCCCAGGGGUGUGCAGCCUGUAGGGGCAGAAUUGCCCUCAGAGUGUAUUCAGUGGCACCACAGCUAUUGAGCUGCUGGCUCUUGGGCCAGUGAGGUGGGAAACCGAACGUGGGACCCCCAUGCUGAGCCAAGAUCCUCAGAUAGGCUGAAGGGUCCCAGGUUCAUGGUGCCUCUCAGAUACCAGUGGAGGAAAGCUUCCCCUACUUAGAUCUGUGGCGUUCCUGUUUAUAAAGUCAGGCGGUGAGCUUACAGAGAUCACCAGGCACACAGAAAGCUCUCACUGAAUGAGGGUCAAAGAGAACAGCAAACGGUGCACAUCAACCUCAGAAUUCAGAUAAUGAAAUUACCAGAUAAUGCAGGCAAGGGAGUAGUUCUGUAUGAAGCGUGUACAGGAAUGAGAAAGCAAUAAAAGGCUAUCAGGUAUGAGCAGGCACAGUUUUUAAAAGACAACUUUUAGAAAUUAAAAGUAUAAUUGUUGAUAGAAUCCACUGGGUAGGUUAAAUAGCAAAUUAGACACUGCUGAAGAAGGCAUUAGUGUAGUGGAGGAUACAUCCAAGGAAAUCCAGAAUACCACACACACAAGGGGAUGGAAAACAUAAAGGAAAUGUUAAAGGAUUUGUAAAGCAGAAUAAGAAGGUCUGGCAUGGACCUGACAGGAGCCCCAGGAGGAGAGAGUGAAGGAGAGGACACCCAGUGAGGGCCUGCAGUGACAAGCCUCACGAUUAGGCAAAUUCCAACUUCAUCAGCGGCUGGCUGCCACAGCCCACCCGGUCCCUCUGCUCCAGCCAAGCUCAAGCUCUCAUAUUGUACAAGGUUAAGGAUGGAGGUGAAGGUAGGUCAGGCAGGGAGAUGUCAUCCAACCCCACCAGGGGAAGAUGAGUGUUUGCACUCCCAAUUUUAACCAGUCCAGUCUCCCCAUAAUUGGGCCAACAAAAUAAUCAACAAUAGGAAAAGGACACUGAAAUCAUUACCAACAGCCUGGAAGUUCCAGCCACCCUCAAGACCCAAAACCAUCACCUUCGAUAGUUAAGUCAUAAAAGGCAACUGCAAACAAGUAGUGCCAAUCCACAGCUGAGAGCCUGGAGGGGGCUGGCAGGUAUGAAGGCUCGCUCCAUUCUUCACGAGGACGAGAUUCUGCGCUUCACAGGACUGAACUGUUUCGGAACCCCAUUUACGGUAUUCCUACAAGCUUUUCUUUAUUUAAUGAAAAACAUAAAUUCCCAGGUCUGGGAAGCAUGAUGGAGAAAGCAGCAUAAAUAAAGAGAAAUCCACACCUAAACACAACACAGUGAAAGCACAGACCAGCAAGAAGAGAUCUUUAUGUCCGAGAGACUCAAUCACCCACAAAGCAGCCAUGGUCACACCAUCGGUCGAGUUCUCAAAGCAACAGAGGCAGCAGUCGGUUGGUGCCUUCGACGUGCUGGGAGGAGACCCCUAGAACUGCAUGCCCGGCAAAAUUAUUGUUCAUAAAGAAGGUGAACAUGGACAUUUACAGACACAUAAGAUAUAAGACCGUUUAUCACUGGAGCUUUGACUGAAACAGCCUCUCCAGUUUACACUGCAAAACGAAGGCAAAUGAUAGAAUAAUGGUCUUCGACACGAGGUGGAGCGGUGAGCAAACAAAAUGACUGAUAGGAACUAGGUCCAAGCACCACAUGUAUCGAAGAGGGACGUCGACUGAAACACUGAACAACAAAGCACGUCUGCUAGAAGGGGGUGUAAAUGCUCUGAGAUCCUCCUACAGUUGGGAAGGGGUGUAAGACUCUAAUAUUUGAUAAAUAUGUGUAAUAUAGGGGUUCCUGGGGGCUCAGUCAAGUGUCCAACUCUUGGUUUCGGCUCAGGCCACGAACUCAUGGUUCAUGAGUUCGAGCCCUGCGUCAGGCUCUGUGCUGACAGUGCAGAGCCUGCUUGGGAUUCUCUCCCCCUCUCUCUGACUCUUCCCCAUUUGUGCUAUCUCUGUUUCUCUCAAAAUAAAUAAACUUUAAAAAUAAAUAAAUAGAAGCACCUGGGUGGUUCAGUCGCUUGGGUGUCUGACUUCAGCUCAGGUCAUGAUCUCAGGGUUCGUGAGUUCGAGCCCUGCAUGGGAUGAGCCCCACUUCUCUCUCCCUGUCUCCACUACAGCACAGCCACCCCUCCAGGGGUACAGAGGGGCCUACUGGGGCCAGCCUCCCCAGACACAGCCCAAGUAUCCACCAUACGGGCCUCAUGGGCGACCCGGCCAUGCUCACACCUGGCGAGCGGGCUGAGUGCCUCGUGGGUGGGUGGACACAGGCAGCCUGAUGCUCAGGGUCACCACACCACACGGGGCUCCCCGUCCCCCUUCUGGCCUUAUACUGUUCCACAGUUCUCGGGGAAGGAAGACAGGUGACAGGGGGACUUGGUGUCACAGACACGCUAGUCAGAGAGGUGCCCAUCCUACGAAGGGCCUGUGCUGACCGUGGGGGCCCAGGAACCCAGACGACGCUGACCCAGGCCGCCUGCUUUCCCUCCUUGUCUGUGGCCUGCACGCUCAGUCUCGUGAGCCCCUCCCCCAGCUUCUGCAGCAAUCUGGCGAAAGAAGGGCCACGCUUCCCAAACUGGCCCCUGGCCCGCCCGCCAGCCAGGUAAGGCGUCGGCCCACGCGCCUCCCUUGCCGCCGCCCUCCCAGAGUGGAGGGUGAAGCCCCGGGGCUGCAGGGCCACUGCCUGCGCCACCAAAGAGCCCUCCACAGGAUGGAGGGAGAGUCAUUCCAGACUUGACUUCACAGAAAGGGACAGUGCAGGCAUCUGAAACACGACAGGCAAAGGGGCAAACAGAAAAGCCUUUCCAUGCUUGAGAAGAUGCUCAGCCCCCUUCCACCUUGUGUGUGUGUGUGUGUGUGUGUGUGUGUGUGUGUGUGUGUGUUUAUUUUUGAGAGAGAGAGAGAGAGAGUCUGAGCGGGGGAGGUGCAGAGAGAGAGAGACAGAGACAGAGAAUCUGAAGCAGGCUCUGCGCUGACAGCAGGCAGCCCGAUGUGGGGAUGAACACAUGAACCCCGAAAUCGUGACCUGAGCUCAACCGACUGAGCCGCCCAGGCACCCCCCACCCUGUUCCACCUUUUAUAAGAAAAUCAAACGUGUGGCAACUAAGGCCCCCUUACCCUGCUCCACGCUCCUUGAGAGAUGCUGGGUACACGCGGCCCUGGGAUGGCACAGGGCAGACGACCGCGGUGCACGUGGGCUUCGACCCCAGUCCUCCUUCCAGGAACUCACAUUCAGACGCGCCUGGACGUGGGUACGAGUGGACGUGCUGCCGGAGCGGUGUGAAGAGACGCUGCGGCAGAGCAGCUUGGAAAGUGGGCGUCUGUCCCCAGGCAGUUAGGGAGUGUGGGCUCCGUGUCCGGGGGCUGCUCUGGGACGACUGCCAGACAGCACAGGUGAAAAUGCCAAGGUGCCCGAGGGCAGAGGGAGGACAGAAG